CCAGAAGCAGCAGCAUGGAGGGCAAGGUCGGCGGCCUCGCGAGCCAAGCGCUCGCGUUCACCAACAGCAUCUACGUGCACCCGGACGACUUCCGCGCGCUCGUCUCGCGCACGCCACGUGGCGUCACGAGCGUCGAGCAGCUCAAGGCGUCGGGGCUCAACGUCUGGGCCAACAACAAGUACGUCUUUGCAGCCCAGCCGCUCGCCGAGACGGUGCCGGGCACGGUGGGCAUGGGCCAGAUGCACCGCUUGAGCGCCAACCUCGCGAUGGGCCAGUCCGUCGCGCUUACGCCGUGGGUUCCCGAUGUCGCGCGCGGCUUUGCGAUCGCGACCGUCCAUUUUGAAGUCCAGGCGCUGCUCAUGCGCUCCAACGUCGUCGCUGAUUUCGACUGCGAAGCGGUCAAGAAGAUCUUUGAGCAACAGUACCUCAACCAAGCCUUCUCGCCCGGCCAGUUUAUCGUCAUCGACGUUGGCGGCAAGCCCGUGAAAAUGUGCGUGACCAAGGUCGACCUCCUCACGCCGCCCGACGCACCACCCGCGCCGACAAGCCUCGCGCCGACCGUCGGCCUCUACGUUGCGGGCAGCGCGCUCGCGUUCUCCAAGGGCAAGGACGCGCCGUUCAAGCUCCUCAACCAGAGCGCAACGGGAGGCGGCAACCGCAUCUUCAAACCCGACUUUGAUUUUUCCAAGCUCGGUAUCGGCGGCCUCGAUAAGGAGUUCAACGACAUCUUCCGGCGCGCGUUCGCAUCCCGCGUCUUUCCCGCGUCCGUCAUUGAGAAGCUCGGGAUCAAGCACGUGCGGGGCAUGCUCCUCUUUGGCCCGCCGGGCUGCGGCAAGACGCUCAUUGCGCGGCAGAUUGGCAAGGUGCUCAAUGCCAAGGAGCCCAAGGUCGUGAACGGGCCCGAGAUCCUCGACAAGUUUGUGGGCGAAUCUGAGCGCAAGAUCCGCGACCUCUUUGCCGACGCGCGCAAAGAGCAAGACGAAGUCGGCGAAGAGAGCGAGCUGCACAUUAUCAUUUUCGAUGAAAUCGAUGCGAUCUGCAAGGCGCGUGGGUCGUCCCGGGACGGCACGGGCGUCGGCGACAGCGUCGUGAACCAGCUCUUGACGCAGAUCGACGGCGUCGACUCGCUCAACAACGUGCUCGUGAUUGGCAUGACCAACCGCAAGGACAUGCUGGACGAAGCGCUCAUGCGUCCUGGUCGUCUCGAGGUUCAAGUCGAGAUCAACUUGCCGGACGAGCACGGCCGUGGCCAGAUUCUGAGCAUCCACACGAGCAAAGCGCGGGCAAAUGGCAUUUUGCACCCGGCGCUGCUCGCCGACCUCGACGCGUGCAUGCUCCCGGCCGUCAAGGACGCGCCGUUGAACCUCGCGCAGCGCACCAAGAACUUCUCCGGCGCCGAAAUCGAAGGCCUCGUGCGCGCGGCGACCGCCCACGCGCUCUCGCGCGGCACGGACGGCAAGACGUACCACGCGAUCCAGAACUUUACACCGGAAAUCUCGCUCGCCGACUUUGAACUCGCGUUGAGCGAAGUCAAGCCCAAGUUUGGCGCGCCCCAGGACACGCUCGAGAUGUUCUUUCGCAAUGGCCUGCUCUCGUACGGCCCGGCAUUUGACGACGUGCAAGCGACGCUGCGCAAGGUGCUCAACCACGUCAAGACGAACGAGAAGACGUCGCUCAUGAGCGUGUUGCUGCACGGCCAGCCGGGCACGGGCAAAACCGCCCUGGCCGCCGCGUCCGCGGUCGCCAGCGAGUACCCGCUCGUGCGGCUCGUCAAGGUGGCCGACUUGAUUGGCCGCCAAGAGCUCGCCAAGAGCAGCUAUCUCUACACGCUCUUUGAAGAGGCGUACCGGUCGCCACUGAGUCUCAUUAUCAUCGAUGACAUGGAACGCCUCAUGGAAUAUGUCGCGAGCGGCCCGCGCUUCUCCAACUCGAUGCUGCAAACGCUUCUCGUGAUGAUCAAGAACCCAGUGCCGGUGCCCGGCCGAAAGCUCGCCGUUGUUGGUAUCACGUCAGCGUACGACGAGAUGGCGAGCUUGGGUCUGGCGUCCGUCUUUGACGUGAGCGUCCUCGUGCCGCAGCUCGAAGCACCGGACCAGUUUGACGCCGUGCUCGCCGGCGCGGGUCUUCCCAUGUCAGACAGCACGCGGUCGCAGAUCGCCUUGUAUCUGAGCCAGACGACGCCGAUGGGCGUCAAGAAGCUGCUCGCGAUCACAGAGAUGGCGCGCCAAGACAUGCUCGACGACGGCGCCGAGACGGAAAUCACAUACGACCGCUUCAUCGACUGCGUGUACCAGCUCCGCCUCCACUCGCGGCAGUAGUCGUCCGAGACGAUCCCGUAUCGACUUGGUACUUGAGACACGAACGAGCUUUUUUCUUUUAGUGUUUUUGCAAAUAUACGCUAGCACCGUCAUAGGCCAAGAAUUAGGUCAAGAAAACGU